UGUAAGUGUAUACAAAGACUAGCAAUGUCUCUAAUACUAAGCAACUUCAAGCUCAUAUUAGUGUUGAUUAGUGUUUUAAGCCCAUGUUUGGUAUAUGGGUUGAGUUCAGUAAACAAAGCUGAAAGUGAGAUCAAUUUUGUUGAGAAUCAAGAACAAACAAGUAAUGUUAUUUCAUCUAAAGAUGGUAUGCCAAGUAACAUCAACAUUGACAUGACCAAAAGAAGUAACGGUGGGAGUCGUAAAGGCAUCAGCGGAGGUGGUGGUGGGGGAGGACAAGGAGUUGAGAGAGGUGGUGGUGGUGGUGGUGGCGGCAACGGUGGAGGUGUUGUUGGAGUAGGUGGCGGCGGUGGUGGUGGUGGUGGCGGCGGCAGCGGUGGAGGUGUUGUUGGAGUAGGUGGCGGUGGUGAUAGCGGCGGAGGUGGUGGUGGAGGAGGUGGCGGUGGAGGAGGAGGAGGUGGUGGUGGUGGAAGAAGUGGUAAAGGAUUAAGACCGGGAGGCCAUGGUGCUAGUGGAGUACAAAGAGGAGGUGAUGGGAAAGGCCAUGGAAGAGGAGGAGGUAAAGACAAAGUUGGAGGGGGAGACCAUGGUGAAGUUCGAGGACGACAAAGAGGAAGUGGUGGAGGAUCUGGACAUGGUCAAGGAGAAGGCAAAGGUGGAGGCGGAGGUGGAGGAGGAGGAAGAGGGGGUGGUGGUGGUGGAGGCGGGGGAGGUGCAGGUGGCGGUGGGGGAGGAGGAGGUGGUCAUAGUGGCGGGUCGGGAUGGGGUUGGGGAGGAGGUGCGGGUGGAGGGGGUGGGGGAGGAGGAGGUAGUGGGCGUGGUGGAGGGGGAGGGGGAGGGGGUGGGCAGGGAGGAGGAGGUGGUGGGGGCAGUGGAUCCGGAUGGGGUGGGGGGCAAGGAAGAGGCGGUGGUAAUUGUUGGUUUUGGGGUUGUCAUGGUCCAAUCUCCAGGGAUUCAACAAUAAAACAUCCAUAA